UAUUAUUAAUAAUAAUAAUAAUUAAUAACUACUUUUAUUUAGACACAGGACAGCUUCUAUUACCAGAUAGGUGUUAUUCAACCAGGCUGUGAUUGCCUUAAUAACAAUAAAAAUAAUAUUAAGCAGAUAAAUAUUUUCUACUGGACUUUACUACUUAACCAACCUACCUGUAUGUAUGACAACACUCAUAAAUGUAAAAAAAUAAUAGUUCUUAAACAAAAACACCAAAACUAGAUAAAAAGAAUUUAAUCAAAGUAAUUUAACUACUUAAAAAGAUUCUUAUUGAAACUGCAUUUGAUUAAUAUCAAAGGUAAAAGAAAAAUGCACUUAACUAAGUUACUUAGUUAAGUGCAUCUUGUUAACUAACAAGACUUUUUAAACAAAAAUGUAAACUAAUAACUGCUUAAAUGUAGACAUAUUCUUUACAUUUUUGUGUAUCCAAGACACUUCCAUAAUUGGGCACCACGAUACUAAAAAAAAAAAAACAUCUUUUGCACUUUAUUAUGGGUUUCUCCAAUUGCCAGAGUUGAUUUUUUAUGGUAAUUUUCUUCUUUAAACACAAACCUUUGCUAAGUACGGUGGUGAUAUGUUUAAAUGGAAUAUCUUGUUAAAAUGUUUUAGCCUCAUUUCACUAUAAUUGAUCUUAAAGUUUCAUUAAGUUUACGGUAGGUCCUGCUUGUACUCUGGGAGUGAGUCACUAAAGGCAUAAACUGCAGCAUGGAAAUUAAUGAAAAACACUUGAUGGGUACAGGGAGGAAGGAUAUAUGAUCAAAUUGUAUUCCAUAGCCCACAAGGAUGGUAACUCAUUUAAUAUCAUGUUGCAAUAACUGAUCUCACUCCAGAGGAGAUCAGUGAGUUUAUUUACCACUAUUCCUUGGGUUGGAUUCUUGCCUUUCAGGUAAAUAUUUCUAUCCUAUCCAGACCAGUUACUGCACUAGUUACUGGUACACAUGCUUCUAAGGGAGUUUAGGAAAAAAAUGUACACAUGUGCUGUACAUGAUAAAAAUGAAAGCAUUGAAAAAAGGUGCAAUUCACAGAGAGCGGGGAGGGGGGGAGAUGAGUUUUUGAAAAAAUCAUUUUAUAAACAAUUACAACAGAAUUGGAAUGCAUCUAAUAAUAUAACAAAAAAUUUUAGUAGAAUUUUCAAGGAUUUAUUUUUAAAAAGUGGAAAUUUCCAUUCGGGUCAAAGGUAUUUUGCAUCAAUGGUAGAACCCUCCUUUGUCAUUAAAAUAAGUAUCAUUCAGUACUUAUUUUACGACCUGCUCAGGUAUUUUGUUGACAAAAUAACCUUUAUAAUGAUUACAUACAGUUGGCAAAAUGGAUAACUUCCAGUUCUACAUAUAUGAAUCGGAGCAUAGCUACAUAGAUAAGAAGACCAUGCUUCAUAUACAAGCAGUAAGUCUUCCAAACGCCAUAAUGGACCUGAUUGAAUUCAUUGAUCUAAAAUGGAAUGGAAUUCGGGUUGUAUCAUCAUCAGACGAUGAAUUUGAGGUUGUUGAAGUACUGAACAACCGUGAAGAAGAGCAAAAGAAGAAAAAGGAGAGAAAAGCCCGCAAACGACAAAGAACAGACGAAGCUAUAGAGAAUGAGCGGAAUUUAAACGGAAGAAAUAAGAAUGGAUUGUCUCAGGGACGUUAAAUAUCAGUGGACGUUGUUGAAUGAACAAUUUUUUUUAGCUGCGCUCUCACUUCUAGGCAUAAUGCAUUAAAAUAAAUCAGUGUGUGUAUUGUAUUGGAUAUUCCAUAAUACAUAGGUUGGAGAACAAACUGCGAACAACACAAUCAAAAUAUCUAAGGAUGUAUGAUUUGAUUUGAUUUGAAUUUACUUAUCAGUGGCAGAUCCGGAAAUUCAAAAGAGUGGAGGCCCAGGGAGUAACUUCGAAAGGUGGAAGGUCUAGUAGGCCAAUUCAGCUCCACCGUGAUUGAAGCUGAGAUAUAAAUUUAUGACAUGGCAUCUCUAAUAUAGCCAGAAAUGGCACUCUCAAGCAUAAAUUUGAAUAUAAUUUUCUUUUUUUCUCCAUUUUUUAAAUAAUAACAAAAAAUGUAGGACCCUCUUCCCUUGAAACUGCAAAUAUUAUUAUUACUAUUAUUUUAUCAUUUUAAGUGAGCAUUUAAUGUAUGGAAUGGAAUGUAUGAGUAUGUAUGAGUUUUUUUCCUCAGAUUGUAUUAAGCAUUAUGCCUAUAUCAUAGUAACUUAAUUAUACUUAGCCUGGCUUACAUUAUUGUAUUAACUAUUGAUUGGAAUACAUACUAUAGUGUUUAUACAGAAAAAUAUUCAUCUCUUGUAGUAUGUUAGUUUUUUUGUAGCUCAUUACUCAAAAGAAAUUAUCAUUUAAGAAAUUAUGUAACUUCAAGUAUACUUUUGAGAACUGAGUAUAUACAGUAAUAGUGACUAUUUAUAUACAGUACAGUACUACUACUUUUAUUAAAUAUAAUAAGUAAAUGCAUGUUAGAUUGUAAAGUAGAUAAAUUUAUACUUUGUAAUCAUAUUUUUAAUAAUAUUAUCGUUUUCAUAUUUACAUACUCAUUCUCAUACAGACAACAAAAGCAUUAAAACCUGAAUAAUUAUCAUUAUAUCAUUAUGAAUAUUGUUUUUAUUAUUAAAAAUAUUUCUUAGCCAGGCUUUAAAUAAAAACUUCGGUACACCAGGGUCAUAAGACAAAAAUCCAUUGAUUUGUUGUUGUGACAUCUUGGUGAAAUUAAGAUAACAUCAUUAAGAAGAUAAAAAAACAUUGAUUUAAGUUUAUUCAAACAUAUGAGACUGUCUGUGACUAUUGUUGUAUUCUAUAGGUAUGUUCAGGCACAAGGGUGUAAAGUUUGUGUACAACUUUCAUUGUCUGAAGUUGUCACAGAAUUAAGCUUAUACUUAAAGUAAGAAAGUCUACCACUGUGUGUCUGAACAUACCCAUAGUUAAGCUUGUGUACCAGUAUCUUAUAACUAAUAAAUAUAGGUCUCCCUCUAAUUAAAGACCACCUCCAAUUUAAGACCAUUUUUCUGUUUAUUCUAAUUAGAGACCAAAGCUACUAAAGCCCAUGGAAACCCAGUCC